AAACGCGACGCAGCGAAAAAGUGGGAGAUUUUUUCGAAGUGGCCGCAGCGGCGAAAACAGCGUUUCUACGUUUUUGUUUUUGUUUUGCUUGACACGUGAGAUGCUUUGACGAGGCUUUAGGAAAAUAAACACGUUUUUAUUUCUGCGGUCAGAGGAUGGCCACCCCGAGCAAGACCCCCCCCGGAGCCGACCCCAAGCAGCUGGAGCGGACUGGGACGGUCCGGGAGAUCGGGUCCCAGGCGGUGUGGUCCCUGUCCUCCUGUAAACCGGGUUUCGGAGUGGACCAGUUGAGGGACGACAACCUGGAGACGUACUGGCAGUCGGACGGGUCCCAACCUCACUUGGUCAACAUCCAGUUCAGGAGGAGAACGACCGUGAAGAUGUUGUGUAUUUACGCGGAUUACAAGUCCGACGAGAGCUACACGCCCAGUAAGAUCUCCGUGAGGGUCGGCAACAACUUCCACAACCUGCAGGAGAUCCGGCAGUUGGAGAUGGUGGAGCCGAGCGGCUGGAUUCACAUCUCGCUGAUGAAUCAGCGGACCAACGAGCCGAUCAGCACCUUCAUGAUCCAGAUCGCGGUGCUGGCGAACCACCAGAACGGCCGCGACACGCACAUGCGUCAGAUCAAAGUCUACACGCCGGUGGAGGAGAGCUCCAUCGGGAAGUUCCCACGAUGCACCACGGUGGACUUCAUGAUGUACCGCACCAUCCGGUGACCCGGACUCGAACGCCCGGCGCGCAGAGGAGAGACGUCCUGAAACCUGGGGCUCGUGUGUGUAAACAAACAAACAACACGGUGUUGAUAUUGAAUUUAACCACAUUUAAAGAUGUUGAUGAGUAUGUUUUUAUUUUGUUUGUUCCUCCACAGAUUUGAUCCAGUAAACACUGAAUCGUUUGUUUAUUUUUUUAUUACUUUAUCACAAGUUCAUUAGGCAGACGCACUGUUGUGCCUACAGACCGUCUCCUGUUGUUGUUGUUGUUGUUGUUUGUGAACGCUGAAUUAAAUGUGUUUUCUGCCAGAA